AUGGCCUCAGCCUCGACCAGCGCCGUCCUGUAUGCGACUGUUGUCUCGGCUUCCCAAUUGACCGGCGCCGUGCCCGAGGAUGCCAGCGAUCUCGCCCAUCACGCAAAAGGCGGGAAGGGCUUUGUGAACCCGUGGGAUUCGUAUCGCGAGCAGAGUGUUCCUCAGAUUAUCGGCGCUCUACUAUGGAGACAAAUCAGCGGCAAUGCCAACAAGCCAGACACGACUCCCCCCACUGUUCCCAUCCGCCAGCCCCACUUUCUGCCCACUCGCGAAACCUCGGAGCUCAGAGCCACCUGGCUAGGCCACGCGUGCUACUACGUCGAGUUCCCCGGCGGUCUGCGCGUUCUCUUCGACCCCGUGUGGGAGGGAAGAAUUGAAGACCUGCCCGCGAUCGACAUUGUCGUCAUAUCCCACGCCCACUACGAUCACCUGUCUCACCCAACCGUUACUAAGAUCAAGAAGCUGCAUCCCAAUGUUCAUUUCUUUGCACCAUUGGGAAACCAGAAAUGGUUUGCCGAUUCAGGGAUGCACAAUGCCACCGAGCUAGAUUGGUGGCAGAGCCGAGACAUACGUCUCUCGCCCGUCGAGCAUGCCAAGCCAGAAGUUGUCGAGACCGGUGGCCAAAAGCCGGCCGCGACGGAUAUUACUGCUACUAUUGAGUGCCUUCCUUGCCAGCACAUGGCAGCAAGGACGCCGUUUGAUAAGGCACAUACUCUGUGGGCGUCUUGGUCCAUCACGAGUGGCGGCAAGAAGGUGUGGUUCGCUGGCGACACUGGCUAUCGCACUGUGCCGAAUUUGCCCAAGGGAGAAGACGACUAUGGCGCACAACACCAGAGUCUUCCUACCUGCCCGGCCUUCAAACAGAUCGGCAAGCUCCGUGGACCAUUCGAUCUCGGCCUGAUCCCCAUUGGCGCGUACGAGCCUAGGUUUAUAAUGUCGCCUGUGCACGCCAAUCCCUUCGACAGCGUCAACAUCUUUGCAGAUACCCAGUGCACAAAGGCAUUGGGCAUGCAUUGGGGUACGUGGGUCCUGACCGAAGAGGACGUCCUCGAGCCACCAAGGCUUCUUAAGCAAGCGCUGGCCAGAAAGGGCAUCGCUGAAGAGGGAGUCUUCGACGUUUGUGACAUUGGCGAGAGCCGCGUGUUCUCGUGA